CACAUUUCUUCCUCCCAAAUCCAAAAGAAGAAAAGGCAGCAUUUCUAUAGGUAGAGGCUGGAAGACUCAAGUAGAAGCGUAGAAUAUCGGAGAAACUCCCCUCGCCUUCUCUCCUCAUUCCUCACCAGCACAAACAAUCCCAUCUCUUCAGAUUCCUUCCACUCACAACAUCAUCUACUCUUCUUUCCGAUUCCAAUUUAGAAACCUAAAUUAAAGAAAACACGACGGUGAAAUCAAUUAAUAAAAGCCUUCCAUUCUUAAAAAUAAAAAAAGAAGAUGGCCAGACCUAAUCAAGAAGCAAUCGAGACGUUUAUCAGCAUCACAGGCGUCGCCGAAGAUGUAGCGGUGCAAAAACUUGAGGUGUAAUCUGACUAUUUGAUGUAGUAGACGCAGAAGUUUAGGAACAUGGUGGUGAUCUCAAUGCAGCUGUCAACACGCAUUUCAGCGAAGGAGACAGAAGCGCCAUGCGACAACCUUCCAUUCCUUCGCUGCAAGAUGAUGUCAUGGAUAUUGAUGAUGACCCAAUUGAAGUUGCGCCACCUCCUAGGAGAAAUCCUCUAUCAAUUCCAGCUGAGAGUGGUGCUAUGAAUUCGUUCUCACUUCUUGAACCACUUUUUCAAAGAGGUCUAUUUGAUACUGGUUCUGAUUUUAUGAACCAGGCACCCUUUGUUUCUCAACCAAGAGAGUUAAGGGAGAUACCUAUAGAGGUCAAGGAUGAUAGUGAUGCAUCUGGUCAUUCUGUUCAUGCUCCUAUUAUUGAAGAUGUAACUGGAACUGAACAUGCACAAGGUCCUGGUAUUCAGGGAACAGUCAUAGCUGAGGAUGACGAUGAUGAUAUUUUAACUGACAUAAAUGCACGGGCCACCCAACGGGAUAGUUCUCUUGAUGGACAUUUCAGGCCCAGUGCUCCUGAAUUUGAUAACUUACCUGAUUAUAGCAAUGACAUAGAAGAAGAAAUGGUCCGGGCUGCCAUUGAGGCUUCAAAGCAAGAGGCUCAGGAGCUAACUGAAACUGGACCUCAGCAAAGGCAGUCUCAUGGGGAGGAUGCUGAACUUGAACAUGUGGAUUCAUUAUCCUUAAAGACAGCAGAGCAAGAGAAAACUUUGCAUGGCCAGAGGGGGAAAGUUGGACCAUCAGAAGUAGGAGAUAAUGCUGUUGAGGAAGGGCAGGGGAAAAUAGCUGCAUCAAAUGGAGGGCAAGAGGCAGGAAGCUCUUCCAUCCAAGAUGAAGCGGAAGAUGUGGAAGAUCAGCCUCUCAUUAGGCACAGAUCAAGACAGCCAUCUUCCGGCUCUUUGGAAUCUGCUAGAGAAGUUGGAGUUGCUGAGGCUAGCCCGCCAUCAAGUCCUGGACAGAGUAAUAUAGGAAGUCAUCCCCUGCACAAUGGAGAUGCAUUUUCUGAUGAGUGGGGAGGCAUCUCUUCUGAGGAGCAUGAUGAAGCAGUCAUGCUUGAGGCUGCAAUGUUUGGUGGAAUUCCUGAAGGGACUGGAUAUCGCUUUCCAUAUACACCUCACCACCAGUUCAUGCAAAAUGAGAAUCAUUAUCCUCGUCCAGUACCUCGUCCUCCAUCACCCUCUUUACAAGCUCAGCGCCUGAUCCGUGAACAACAGGACGAUGAGUAUCUUGCAUCAUUGGCAGCUGACCGAGAAAAGGAGAUGAAGGCCAUUGAGGAAGCUGAAGCUCGCCGUGUACAAGAAGAAGUGGCUAGGAAAGCUGCUCUUGAAGAAGAAAGGCGAAAAGAGGAAGAAUCUCGUAGAAAAUUGGAGGAAGAGCAGGAGUUUGAGAGACUGUUGGCAGCUAAAGAAGCUUCUCUGGCUCUUGAACCUUCAUCUAAUGAUGAGAAUGCUGUGACGCUUUUGGUGCGGAUGCCUGAUGGAAGCCGGCGUGGCCGCCGAUUUCUCAAGUCUGACAAGUUACAUGCUCUCUUUGAUUUCAUAGAUAUUGGCAGAGUGGUCAAGCCAGGCACUUACAGAUUGGUUAGGCCAUACCCAAGGCGUGCUUUCAGUGAUGGAGAGGGUGCGUUGACUCUCAACGAACUUGGCCUGACCAGCAAACAGGAAGCCUUGUUUCUAGAGUUGAUCUAAGGAUGAACUUGUUACAAAUUGUAGAGAGUUACAACUUAAAAAGCUAUAAAUUUGUUGUCUAGAAAAAUGAAUCAAUGCAUGGAAGUCCGGGGAUGUCACUCGGAUCCACACUGUACGGACAGAUUUCACAUUCAAUCUGGCUUCAUGGGUUACAUGUUUAUGGUUGCGAUUUGUUA